AUGACUUAUAAUAAUUCUCAUAUAGUAAGACAUAUGGAGCCGAAUACGUUAAUAAGCAACAUAAAUGAAGGGCAAGAACAUCCGUUCGGUCCCAAUCAUCAUAGCAUCGAAGCUGCCAGCCAGCCAGUUUUGGACUUAUACAAAAGAUUAAGCAGUUCGCUGCAAAACGAUGAAAAACAAGCCGAAACCUUAAAAGCGUUGGAGCAUUUUUUAGGCGAUGACGUCACCAAAGGUCAUUCG